AUAACAUGGGCUAUGCUGGUGCUCCCUUUCAAGCCAGUGUGGCCCACUCAGCCUGGAGCAGCAGCAGCUGAUGGAGAGCUGGUGACCCCAUGCCUGGUGGCCCUCUGCUGCCAACUCCCGGGAGAGGCCAUGUUCCUCGUCUGAAGGCUUCCAGUACCUUCCACAGCCCCAGGAGAGAGAGAGAUGGGAAACAGCAUGAAAUCCGCACCUCCACCUUUGGAGAGACCAUUACCCAACCCCGAUGGACUUGAGAGCGACUUCUUGGCUGUGCUGAAUGACUACCCAUCUCCUGACAUCAGCCCCCCGAUAUUCCGGAGAGGAGAGAAACUGCGUGUGAUUUCUGAUGAAGGGGGCUGGUGGAAGGCCAUUUCUCUCAGCACUGGCCGGGAAAGUUACAUUCCAGGAAUGUGCGUGGCCAGAGUGUACCAUGGCUGGCUGUUUGAAGGACUGGGCAGGGACAAGGCUGAGGAGCUCCUGCAAUUGCCAGACACAAAGAUUGGUUCCUUCAUGAUCCGGGAGAGUGAAACAAAGAAAGGUUUCUACUCGCUGUCGGUGAGACACAGACAGGUGAAGCAUUACCGCAUCUUCCGCCUGCCCAAUAACUGGUACUACAUCUCACCAAGGCUCACCUUCCAGUGCCUAGAGGACCUGGUGACUCAUUAUUCUGAGGUGGCUGAUGGUCUAUGCUGUGUGCUCACCACACCUUGCCUGGCACAGAACACACCUGCUUCAGCAGCUCACCUAUCGCCUUGCACCACCUCUGGUUCACCCGUCACCUUGCGCCAGAAGACCUUUGACUGGAAGAGGGCAUCCAGAUUGCAGGGAGAUCCCGAGGGGGCAGAGAACCCACUCAGAGUGGAUGAAUCCCUUUUCAGCUACGGUCUCCGGGAAAGCAUUGCAUCUUACCUGUCCUUGACAGGGGACGACACAAGCUCCUUUGACCGGAAGAAGAAGAGUCUCUCCCUAAUCUACAAUGGCAGCAAACGCAAGAGUUCCUUCUUUUCAGAGCCCCAGUACUUUGAAGAUUAAUGCCCUGGCUGGUACACAAAAGACAGAUGUUUUGGUGGCCACCUGGGGUCUAGUGGAAGUCGGAGUUCUCUACUCCCUGGUCAUCUUGUGUCUUCGAGGAACCAAGAGAAGUCACACGGAGACUGCCUUUACAUAGUGAUCAGAGGAACUUCUCCUUGGUGUCUGAUCAGUAUUGUAGAGCUACAUCAUGUUUGAAUCAUGAUGUAAUGGGGCAGUAUUUCAAAGAGCUGUGUGUGUGUGAGUAUGUGUGUAGGACAGAACACUCCUGAAAGACAGUGCAUGGAGACUGACUCCAGCUCACAGUCCAAAUGGCCCUUCUCUGAGACCCUGUGGAUAACAUCCGUCUGAGAAAGAACAUGAGGAAGAUGGCUUCUUAGGUCUGCAGAAUGACUCUACGUGGAGCAGGGCGACCUUUAAAGGCCCAGUGAGACCUUUGGGCUAUGUCUCCUCUCUUCCUAAAGGACCUGUGACAUUAAACACUACCCAAAAGGACUUACAGCUCUGAUCCAAGUGGCACCUUCUGCGCUCAGGUGCACCGAAGCCACAUGGACAGAAGUAGAUGGCUAUGCUCAGUUGUGGGAGAGUGUUGGUCAGUGGAGGGGCAAUCAGGAGAGGCAGGAGGCAGCUCUACUGUGCCAACUUCUGAGAUAGACAGUCUUGCCUCCUCACAGAAAAGGCAUCCUCCAGCUCCUGGGGUCCUGCGUUAUUCUAGAAGGCCCAUUCCUCAUGCCUAUUGGCAAAGGCUGCUGUGCUGAGGUCAAAUGAGGACAAAAGA